AUGAGCUUUGUUGAAGUAAAUACGGCUAUGAGCAAUGAAGUGCUCUCCGUGGUUAAAUUUCUCAAGGACGACAUAUUGCUAUCCUCGUAUUACAACAACAAUGUUGAACUUCGAAGCAUUGUUCAAGAACCGGACUCACUUUCGGCGCCUGUUCUCGCCAAUAUUGUAGCUCCAGACGUCAUUUCUUGCGUCCAACAGACAGAGUCUAACUCUAUACUAGUAGGUCUAAAUGAUGGCACUUUACGAUAUCUUGAUCUAGAGAACACAAAGGUGUCUGAACCUAUUCUACAAGCUAGUGAUGAGGGCGUGGGUAUCAACUUUUGCAAAAAAAUUGAAAAUAACAUGAUUGUCGCGUCUUCAUAUGAAGGCUCUAUUUGGCUGGUUGAUCCAAGAUCACCAGCGAAACUGUUUCGAUACAACACUUCAGGGAGGAUCUUUGCCCUAGAUACAACAUCUAGGUAUGUCACCCUUGGCAAGUCUGGUCAGGAGGUCGAAAUAUUCGACAUUCGUAGAUUAGAUUCGUCUCUCAUGGUGAGGCUGACAGGCUUGAGAUAUCAGAUUACUUCGUUGAAAACCUUCCCUGAUGGCGAGGGCUACGCAAUAGGCAGCAUAGACGGGCGAAUUUCUAUUGAUGCCUUCAACGAGCUACAAGAUGCAUCGAAGCGCAAAUUUGCAUUCAAAUGUCACAGGCAAAAAGACAGUGCAUCUGGUGUAGAUCAUGUGUAUCCUGUAACCGCCCUAACAUUUCACCCAAAGUAUGACACACUCUUCACCAGUGGAGGGGACGGACAUGUUUGCAUAUGGGACUGGGGGAGAAGAAAACGUGUUAAGCAAUUGCCUUCUGCUCCUGCUCCACACUUCAUAUCACACAUGGAUCUCAAUCACGAAGGGACUUGUGUUGUGGUAGGGGUAACGAAUGAUAGCUUUCUUCGAAGUCAGAAUGGAAAUGCAGAAAAAAUUCUGAGUAAAAUCUAUUGCCGCGAAUUAACUGAGAGUGAAAGCAAGCCAAAACAAUAA